UCCCUGAGGCCUUCCAAGGGUAAGCAGCUCUUUUCCUUUGGUGCUGCAUUUGGGCUCAUUCUCAUGUGCUGUAUCAAAAGACUUUGCCACCCUGCUAUUAUCAUCCCAUUAUACCAUCCCAUCCUGAUAACCACAGCUAUGGUGAAGAUGAAGCAGGAGGUCACAGAGGUGCCCAGGCACCUCAUCAAGGGAGGUGGUGAAUUUUGAUGGAAGGUGGUUUAAGACCAGCCUUUGAGUUGUAAAGCUUUAAGUAACACAUUAGCAAAGACGUCACCGAAAUGUUUCUUGGUCCGCUAGGAUGCUCCCAGCUCUUUCCUAGGGGGACUAAAGAGCAUCUCUCCCUGAGGAAAAAAAUUAUUCUCAGAAAGAGCAGCGAUGUACUGGCGUGGACUGCCCGGGGAGUGAUGGGUUUGCUGUCCCUGGAGGUGUUCCAGAACUGUGGUGAUGUCACACUGAGGGAUGUGAUCAGUGGGCAUGGUGGAGAAAUCCGCGAAGCUUUCCGGGUGCUGGAUAGGGAUGGGAAUGGCUUUAUCUCCAAGCAAGAGCUGGGCAUGGCGAUGCGCUCGUUGGGGUACAUGCCCAGCGAGGUGGAGCUGGCGAUCAUCAUGCAACGCCUGGACAUGGACGGGGAUGGCCAGGUUGAUUUUGAUGAAUUUAUGACUAUUCUGGGACCUAAGCUGGUAUCAUCGGAAGGCAGAGAUGGCUUUCUGGGAAAUACAAUAGACAGCAUAUUCUGGCAGUUCGACAUGCAGAGGAUAACGCUAGAAGAGCUGAAGCACAUCCUGUACCAUGCCUUCCGGGACCACCUAACGAUGAAGGACAUCGAGAACAUCAUUAUCAACGAGGAGGAGAGUUUAAAUGAAAACUCCGGCAACUGCCAAACAGAGUUUGAAGUGCACGCCCAGAAGCAGAACAGACAGACCUGCGUCCGGAAGAGCCUUAUCUGCGCAUUUGCCAUGGCCUUUAUUAUAAGCGUGAUGCUGAUUGCGGCCAACCAGAUCCUGCGGAGCGGCAUGGAGUAGCCUCUCACCAUGACACUGUGACCCAAACUGACCAUGCAUGCGCAUGCCACCGGGUGAGCUUCCCCCGAACCGACUCUCACACGGCAAAGAGACAGAGGCGGGCAGAUAACGCACCAUUCGACAAGGAGCCUGGGGCCAGCAGCGUAACGUGUCUUGUGAAUCAACUACAUCCUUUUGGCAGGGACAUAAAAGGGCUGUCUUAACGCUUUAAAGGUUUUGUUUCCUAAUGCAAUAAAAAAAAAAAAACAAAAAAAACCCAUAUAUAAACGUACAGAAGUCCCGAAUUAUUGCUUGAGAACAGCAAUGGUAACUUGGAAGACACUUUCAUCCAGCAGUCUGCUUUGCAGUUUUAAGGAGGCACAGCCUCGUGACUCACUGCAGCGGGGCUGUCUUUUAACCUAGGGGCCGACUGACUAUGCCGCGUAGCUCCCCGGCGGGCCCACCUUCCCAGGAAGUUGAUCGUAGCAUUGCCACAAGCAAGUCCUGUUUGUUUUAUUUCACGUACUUCGGCUUCACUUUGUUUUUCCCUUAUGACCAUGCCUUUGAGUUUAUGGCAUUAGAGGGGAGCUAGAGCAUCCUUGUACAGUAUUUUCGGAGUAAAGAAGAGGAGAAUUUGCCAGCAUCAUACAGAAUUUCUAUUUUUGCUUCACAAACGUCGCCUUUGACACAGGACUGUGGGGUAGCAGGAGUCUGUUUGCCAUUUUUUUUCCCACCGAGAAUCAGGGCUUAAGAAUCACCACCCACUUUCCCACCUGGGCAUUCCUGAGAUUCGUGCAGUCUUCCAGCCAGCUCUGCAACCACCAGCACCAGUUGAAACUCCUUCUGUUUGGUCCCAUCUGCAUAUUCAACAUUUGCUUUCCAGUAGUUUUGCCCUUCUGCUGUAACAGUCUUCACUGACCUUAUUGAGACCAAAACCACUGAGAAGGCUCUGAGCAUUUCUCCCUGCUCCUUGACCACCCACUUUUUACUUAAUUCAUUGUAGUAAUUGCAGUGAAACCUCUGCAUCCAACACCUUCUCGUGGGAGAGGCUGCAUUUUCACCUGUAUGGUGAGGUGGGACUUGACCAGCAAGUUGCUCCAUCCCUCAUGGUCCCGCCAUCACCGCCACCACGUAUCCCAUGGACAGGCUGAAAGAGGGUGAUCAGAAAAUCAGGCUGCUGCAGAAAAGAAGGAAUCAAACUCGAGCAUACCGCCAUAUGUUCUGUAGUGUGUCAGACUUUCAGAUCCCACAAGUGUUAGUUAUUUUUCCUGGAAGAGAUUUUAAUGAGCAGUAAGGAGAGGAUGGAGUGAUGCAGACCAGCAGCACAACGUGUCCCGUGGAGCCAGGAUUACAUCUGAAAGCGUUUCUUCUUUUAAACCUGACACAAAUCCUUGCAUUUACCUUCGGAUGAACUGUGCACCUAUAUGUCACCCCAGGAGGGAUCUGGUUCCCCUGCCCUGAUGGGUGAUGGCUGCGUUUGGCGCACGGGGAGCAUUGGCGUGGGGUCGGAGCGGCGGUGGCUUCUGCUGCCAACUGGGUGAGCUCCAGAAACACGAUGGAACAGCAAGAUCUCAUUCCUGUGAAUGUAGAGGACUGUUUCCUGUGUCACGAGAGGGGGCAGGAUGGCUCCCAAAGGGACUGUGGACCAUGAGCUUCGCUUGUCCUACACGGUGGCCAUUGUCUCAAGCCUGGAUCCAUCCCAAAGACUCAUUUCUGGUCUUUGUUCUUGGUUACAAGUUCAUUUAACCUGUAUUUUUCUAGUAACCUGAUUUGAAAAUGUACUUCCCAUUGUUCUGUCUCCCAUCACCCUUAAAUCUCAUGUAUCUGCUUAGGAUUUUGCCUUUAGGUCUGUGUUGCAGUUGCCCACCUUCACAACAUUGCUGUUUUCCUGGUGCCCUGCUCCAUCUCCAAAGAUGACAGCUGUCAUUUCCAAGGCAGCUGAGUCGUUUUUCUGCCUUUCACAAACACACAUUUCUGUAUUUCUGUUCUGCUGUGACUAAUAGAGGUCAGCUACAAAAUACUGUGCAGAAAUUGUUACAUCUCACAGAAGAUGGAUGGAUUUGUGUUUGCUGUAGGGCAGAACCAGACUUCAAACCAACAGCAGAAAAUCAUAGGCAAGCUCUGAGCAGAGGAUUCACACUGGUGGGGAACUCAGGGUUGCUCCCAGUGCUCACUGUGCUGUACACUGAAGAUAAGGAGCUUGGAGAUCCUUUUGAGGGGACUGUUGUCUGUGUUUUUAGGUCUCAGGGGCAUGUUAAAGGUGGGAACAGCAAAAAAAAAAAGUCCAAAUGUUAUUUGCCACUGAGUGGUACUUAUUACUUUUUUUUUUUUUUUUUUUUUUGGUGGUUUUUUUUGUUUGUUUUCCCCUGGGACAGCGCUGGAGUGAAUGUGGGAAGCAGAGCAGAUGGAGCUGGAGCCGAGGUGGGCACCAACCCACCAGCCCCACUCAACUCAGCAGCUCCAAAGCAGUGCCUCUUUGCAUAGCACAGAAAGACAAGUAAAACACGUAGACCAGGCAUUUCUCCACAUUCUUCUCACUCAUCCAACAGCUAACACCAGGCAGACUCCAAUUAUAACAGCUACCUUACAGACAAGAUAAUCUUUUCCAUUCCUUCAAGCUUUCUGGAAGGCUCAGUAGUUUCUACACGCAUGUUUCAUAAAAACUUUUGUAAAUACAGUCAUUGUUCAGCACAAUUCUUCACCUUGAACGUCCAUUUGUAAAACCAAACCUAUAAUUAAUAUAUUGGUAAAAGCCAUA